ACCCAUUAUCCUUUGCGACCCCAGCGCAACGACAUCGACUCAUUCCUUGCGACAAAUAGAGUCUUGGACCCCAAUACCUUGAUACCCAGCAACACCCAUCCGCCGCCAUGUCGUGCUCACAGCCCUUUCGAUUCCUGGAUCUGCCCGGCGAAAUCCGUAACAGCAUCUACGACUUGCUGCUCUGCUCGUGGGAUGAUGAAGUCGAGUAUGACCCAAGCAUGAUUAGCAGCAGCCUGAGCAGGCGCGUCCCAAGCAGCCCCUCCACUGGCCUCCUUCGCGCCAACCGCCAAAUCCAUGCCGAGGCCUCUGACUACAUGAUCAGACGCAACCAGUUUGUGCGCGUCACCUGCCGCGGUCUGGAUGUGCGGAACCUCUUCCUUAGCGAAGGCAUUCCCGUCAUCACGACCAAGGCACGCAGCAUCAGCCUGUUUAACGGCCACGUCAUGCACGUGACGCUGUCCAAGCCUGCCUUUGUGCCCUCGGCCUUCCAAUUUUCCGAAUAUGAGAUCAUGUUGCUCCGGUCCGAUUUGCCCCAGUUUUGCCAGCAGCUCGACAUUGAGAGCGUCAUGUCUGAUGCCAACCCAACGACAAGCGAGCAUGCGUCCAUCCAGGCGUGCAUCCGACUCGACUAUGCCCAAACCCGUUUCUUUGCCCCCAAUGCACAGGAGCGCCUUUUGCAGCCUCUUGCAUCGUCUCUGCGUGGCGUGCCAAACCUCAAGAUUGUCGGUCCUGUCCAUGAUGCCGUGGCCGAAGCAGUCAAGGGCGAGGUGGCAAGGCCCCGCUGGACCGAGCCCAUGGCGACGAUUGAAGAGAUUGAUACUGGUGUGGACGUGGGCAAGCGCCAGUGGCAACAAAACAACUUUUACUCUGCCUCGCAGUCAUGGGCAUAUGCGAUGCGCACGCUGGAGCGCAUGCGCCACAGCUCGUCAUGGCAAGGUCUUCAAAAGGCAGGCGGAGAAGGGUUUGUAAAUAAGAUUGCUGAUCUUUACUUCACCCUGAACCUAUUGCACGCACAGUUUCUGCAAGUGGACAUGGCCAACAACGAGUCCCAAGGCAGUGUGGUGCAGCGCAACGGACGCAUUGCGAUUCAGCAUCUGCGCAAGUGCGAGACGACGAGUGCGCGGUUUGCACAGCACGCAGGCGCUACAUGGAGACCGAGUAAUGCACAGGCGGCCAAGAUGCUGUUUCGCCAGGCAAGGUGCCUGAGGCUGAUGAGUGACACGGUUAGCGGUGUCAAGGCUGUUGCUCUGAUUGAACAAGCUGCAGCGCUGGCUCCUACAGACAUGGCUAUUCGCGACGAAAAGGAGGCCGUGUUGAAGUGGGAGGCCGAGGUGGAACAAGGCCGCCGGCUGCUAGCUGAACAAGCGGAAGCCCAAGCCCAAGCCGAGCAGAACCACACGUCAUCCAUCUGGCAUACCAUCAUGGGCGCUGUGGUGGAGGUGUCCUCUUGAAGAGGACCAUUAUGUUAACAAGAAAGGACAGAAGUCGAGUUGUUUUGUAAGCGUUUGUAGCGUUGAUACCCAUAUGUUUAAAUAGAUUGUUCAGAUGAAUAAGACACGCUAAAGUAAAAUGUACAGGCUUUCUAAUGCCGAUUUAUCAUUUGCAUAUUCUAUUCUAUCCUAUCCUUCCCCUGUAGUGGUCGUGUACAUGCUGUACACAAGGAGGUAUAACGUA